GCACGUCAGACCAAUGGGAUUAGCGCAGUUCAGCCAAUAGCACAGUCGAUCCACCAACCACCACGGUUCACAAAUCAACCCCUCUACGUCGUGGCUAAGCGUCUUAGGCGUGCCAAUGAUCAUUACAACUUUAAAUCUCGAAAAAAAAUAAUAAUUUUACUCUAACACAAAAAAUGUAAACAGGGUGAUUACACGUCCAUAAGAGAUUUUUCAAGUCGGUGGUUGAAAGAAUAGCUGGGGGUGCAAGGCGCAGCCGCGUGCUGCGACAGAAGUUAAACACAGGGUAGCGAGCUCUGAUCCCGCCCAUGGAUGAUACACCACCUAAUACAUGCUACCCCUUAACGUCGCAACAUCGCUCACUUCUGUUCACCCUCGGCGAUAGCAAACAUCAAGUGACCACUGAUUGUACUGAUAAGGGCUAUCACAGUGUUGCAAUUAGUAAAUCUCUGGCCGAUUUAGUGAAUUUUGUAUUUUUUUUAAACACAGAACUGUUCAAUAAAUUAAUUAAAUUUUACGUGUCGUGUUUUGAGAUAAAUGAACCGUAAAUAAGUUAGAAAUACCUAAAAGUUGGUCUUCGACGGGCGCCAUGGAUUGUUCAGUGUCACAAGCAGGUUCGAUUCUGCCAACCCUACACCAGCCGUGUUCACCGGAACAUCACUCACAUCACCCUAACGAUUUGAGAACAUCACCAGGAAGCGUCGACUGUUACAGCUCGGAGGGCGAUCAUCCCUUGGCCCUUUGCUUGCCCAACUCCCAAACGUUGGUGCAAGCGUCCAGGACUCCACCUCCUCCAUGGAGCAUCCCGACCAAGAAAGGGACACCGGGAUUAAUUUGCGUGGUGUGUGGGGACACCAGUUCCGGGAAACACUACGGGAUUCUGGCAUGUAAUGGGUGUUCUGGGUUCUUCAAAAGGUCGGUCCGGAGGAAAUUGAUUUACAGAUGUCAAGCCGGAACCGGUCGCUGCAUAGUGGACAAAGCCCACCGGAACCAGUGCCAAGCUUGCCGCCUGAAAAAAUGCCUAGCGAUGGGAAUGAACAAAGACGUUAUAAUUUUAGCCGUUCAAAAUGAAAGGCAACCAAGGAAUACAGCCACCAUUCGACCAGAAACUCUGCGAGACAUGAGCGCUGAACAGGAGCGGGCUCUGCGAGAGGCCGCAGUGGCUGUGGGGGUGUUUGGCCCCCCGGUUCCGCUGACCAUGGCCCUGACCUCUGCCCGCUAUUCGCACAAUUUGCUGCCCUCAGUGCCGCCCCCGUUGCCCAACCGAGAGCCCACCCCCACAAAAGACACCAGUGACAACGAUGAAGAAAGUAUAGACGUCACAAAUGAAGAGGAAGACACCCCAAGCUCCGGCUGCGGCGUCUCCUCCAGCAGCGGCCCCCUUCGGCCGGAGCCCCAGCCAGCCCUAACAUCAGGCCUCUACCCCUCAACCCACGAAACCAUCUACGAAACCUCGGCUCGACUUCUCUUCAUGGCGGUCAAAUGGGCCAAAAACUUGCCCAGCUUCGCCAGUUUACCAUUUCGCGAUCAAGUAAUUUUACUGGAAGAAGCCUGGAGCGAGCUCUUCCUCCUCAACGCCAUCCAGUGGUGCAUGCCCCUGGACGUGUCAGCCAGCCCCCUCUUCAACGUGAACGAACACGUGAAGAACGGCCACUCCGCCACCGACGUCCGCAUUCUGGCCGACACUCUGAUGCGUUUCAAGGCAAUUCACGUCGAUCCGGCCGAAUUUGCCUGCUUGAAAGCCAUAGUUCUGUUCAGAUCAGAAACGAGAGGGUUGAAAGAUCCAAGCCAGAUCGAAAACUUGCAAGACCAGGCUCAGGUGAUGUUGUGGCAGCAUUGUCGGACACAGCUUCCUGGCCAGGUGGCAAGGUUCGGUCGACUCCUUCUGAUGUUGCCACUGCUUCGGAUAGUGCCGGCGUCCAGGGUCGAAGCUGUGUUUUUUCAAAAAACUAUAGGGAAUACUCCGAUGGAGAAGGUUUUGUGCGAUAUGUACAAAAAUUGAAUUUAAUGUUGUUGGCGUUUAAUGUUUUCAACGAAUUGUUUUGUAAGAAAAUGAACGAAAAAGCGCACCUAGGACUAAUUUUAUUCAAAUUUUGGCACUAAUUUAUAUUCGAUCAAGCAAGCUCACUUUGACUGACGCGUUCAUGUGUUAAAUUAUAGAAAAUAUUUAGGAUGUGUAUAUUACUGUUUCUUAUUUCAUCGAACUUUGGUGUUACGUGUAUAUAAACAAAAUAUAUC